GCGGGACUCCGCUACUCAGAGGCGUGGUUGCUGUUGAGCAUCUCAGCUCCAAGGAGCAAGAGGCUGCAGCUGCUCUUUGUUCCUGGCACCGGGGUCUCUGUCCUCCCGCGACGGGUCCAUCCUUUGCUUCCCUCUCCCAGCAUCCCCUUCCCCAGCCGCUGCGUCCCCGAGCUGCCCUCCUCCCCCUGCUUCUAAACCUGUGGCCCAGCGCCCUUGCCAGGUCCUGGUUUUUGCUUUUUCCUCCCAAGGCCGGGGUCGCUCCGCCAGGCCCCGCCCCUCCAGGCGCGGUAUGUCCCCCGCUGCCCAGCGCCCAUGGUCCUGACGCUGCUCUUCUCCGCCUACAAACUGUGCCGCUUCUUCGCCAUGUCUGGCCCACGGUCGGGCGCCGAUCGGCUGACAGUGCCGGGGCCGGAUAGGAAUGGCAGCGCCAGCCCGUGGUGGGCUGCGGGCCGCGGGUCUCGGGAAGUGUCGCCCGGGGUGGGCACCGAGGUGCAAGGCGCCCUGGAGCGUUCGCUGCCAGAGCUGCAGCAGGCGCUGUCUGAGCUGAAGCAGGCGAGCGCGCCGCGGGCGGUGGGCGCGGGCCUCGCCGAGGUCUUCCAGCUGGUAGAGGAGGCCUGGCUGCUGCCGGCCGUGGGCCGCGAGGUGGCCCAGGGUCUGUGCGACGCGAUACGCCUGGACGGUGGCCUCGACUUGCUGCUGCGGCUGCUGCAGGCACCGGAGCUAGAGACCCGCGUGCAGGCCGCACGCCUGCUGGAACAGAUCCUGGUGGCUGAGAACCGGGACCGCGUGGCGCGGAUCGGCCUGGGUGUGAUCUUGAACCUGGCGAAGGAGCGCGAGCCGGUGGAGCUGUCACGGAGCGUGGCGGGCAUCUUGGAGCACAUGUUCAAGCACUCGGAGGAGACGUGCCAGCGGCUGGUGGCGGCGGGCGGCCUGGACGCCGUGCUGUACUGGUGCCGCCGCACAGACCCGGCGCUCCUGCGCCACUGCGCCCUGGCGCUGGCGAACUGCGCGCUGCACGGGGGCCAGGCGGUGCAGAGAUGCAUGGUGGAGAAGCGCGCCGCCGAGUGGCUCUUCCCUCUCGCCUUCUCCAAGGAGGACGAGCUGCUGCGGCUGCAUGCCUGCCUGGCGGUGGCGGUGUUGGCUACCAACAAGGAGGUGGAGCGCGAAGUCGAGCACUCGGGCACGCUAGCGCUGGUCGAGCCGCUCGUGGCGUCGCUGGACCCCGGCCGCUUCGCCCGCUGCCUGGUGGACGCCAGCGACACAAGGCAGGGUCGCGGGCCGGACGACCUGCAAAGUCUGGUGCUGCUGCUCGAUUCGUCCCGUUUGGAGGCUCAGUGCAUCGGGGCUUUCUAUCUGUGCGCCGAGGCUGCCAUCAAGAGCCUACAGGGCAAGACCAAGGUGUUCAGUGACAUCGGUGCCAUCCAGAGCCUGAAACGCCUGGUUUCUUACUCCACCAACGGCACUACGUCGGCGCUGGCGAAGCGUGCCCUGCGCCUGUUGGGCGAGGAAGUACCCCGGCGCAUCCUGCCCUGCGUGGCCAGCUGGAAGGAGGCCGAGGUCCAGACCUGGCUGCAGCAGAUCGGCUUCUCCCAGUACUGCGAGAACUUUCGGGAUCAGCAGGUAGAUGGUGACCUGCUUCUACGGCUCACAGAGGAAGAACUCCAGACAGACCUGGGCAUGAAAUCAAGCAUCACACGCAAGAGGUUCUUUAGGGAGCUCACGGAGCUCAAGACCUUUGCCAACUAUGCUACGUGCGACCGCAGCAACCUAGCGGACUGGCUAGGCAGCCUGGACCCUCGCUUCCGCCAGUACACCUACGGCCUGGUCAGCUGCGGCCUGGACCGCUCCCUGCUGCACCGAGUGUCAGAGCAGCAGCUCCUGGAGGACUGUGGCAUCCGCCUGGGGGUGCAUCGCUCACGCAUCCUCUCUGCAGCCCGAGAAAUGCUGCACUCACCGCUGCCCUGUGCCGGUGGCAAGGCCAGCGGAGACACCCCAGACGUCUUUAUCAGCUACCGGAGGAGCUCGGGUUCCCAGCUGGCCAGCCUCCUGAAGGUGCACCUGCAGCUGCAUGGCUUCAGCGUCUUCAUCGAUGUAGAGAAGCUGGAAGCCGGCAAGUUCGAGGACAAGCUCAUCCAGAGUGUCAUGGCGGCUCGAAACUUUGUCCUGGUGCUCUCUGCUGGGGCGCUGGACAAAUGUAUGCAGGACCAUGACUGCAAGGACUGGGUGCACAAGGAGAUUGUGACUGCUUUAAGCUGUGGCAAGAACAUUGUGCCUAUCAUUGAUGGCUUUGAGUGGCCCGAGCCUCAGGCACUGCCUGAGGACAUGCAGGCUGUACUCACCUUCAACGGCAUCAAAUGGUCCCAUGAGUACCAGGAGGCCACCAUCGAGAAGAUCAUCCGCUUCCUGCAGGGCCGCCCCUCUCAGGACUCCUCUGGCGGCUCGGACACCAGCUUGGAGGGAGCCGCGCCAAUAGGCCUGCCUUAACCCGCCCCAGUUCCCACGCCCCGCCGUGACUCCUGCUUCCAUUGACCCCCGACCCCUAAAGGAGUAGCUCCUCUGGAGCCGCCCUGGGCUGAGACAAACCAGGCUCUUCUCAGGGAAAGGCUUUCCCUGCUGCCUCCCUGUGGCCCACUUCUAACCCAGAGAUGCCAGGCACGGGGUGAGAUGAGAGGACACUCCUCUGUCAGGCCCUGCCAUCCUGUUCCAACUCCCAUCCAGAGCCAUGUCCCUGCUUCGAUCCGGACCCUCAAGAUAGGGGAAGGACAUUCUCCCAUAUCCUGCCCCAAGAGCAGCCAGCUCGAGAAGGGUGAGGUUGGCAGGCUCUGGCAGGAGUCAGGACAAUGGGCCCGGGAGGCAUCUGGGGUUGAGGAUCCCCCAAAGGCUGUCCACUCACAUUGUGCCUGGCCUCUGGCUCACCUGGCUUCCUGAUGCCUCAUGGCCUUGCUCUAUGACUACUUGGUACCCCUGCCAGGCCUCUUUAGGCAGCCUCCUUUGCCAUGCUGGGAGCCAGGGUGCAUCUGAGCCGGCCCUCUGCCUGGCCCCGCUGCCCUUUCUGGUGCAAGAAGGGGCCCCUUGCUUGUGCAGGGAGACCCUAAGAACCCACCCUAGCCCAAACCUCUGUGCUGUGCCUAAGGCUCUUGCCGAGCCUGCUCCAGCUGGCUUCCCCAGCUCUUCACCCACACGGGGCUUUUCACCCUCUUGUUCAGUCAGAGAAGGAGACCAGAGACUCUCCAACAGCACCAGUAGCCUGAGCAGAACCCACACCACAGGAAAGAGGCAGGACCUUCCCUCCGUGGGCAAGGGCCAAUUCCUGGGGCAGUUUCUCCCGCCAAAGUGUGUCCACAUCCACUGGGAAUCUUGUCAAAACUCAGAGCAGGCCAUCUGGGAAGUGUCCGAGAGGCUGCAGUUUUCAGAUUCCCAAGCGAGCUAAGGCAAGGCCCUCACGGGUCCCUGCCAUGUUCCGAACACCCCUCCAUCCCCCAACCCCCCGUCCCUAACCCUCGCAGCAGCCUUUUCCACUGUCACCCCAAUUUUACAGAGGGCAGUGGUUGAAUGAUAGGUCCAGGUCCCCAAAUCAUUGGUGGCAGUCUCCAGAUUCUGCCCUCGUCCUGGGACCCAGCACCACGGCUUCCAGACCUGUUCUCCCCAGACUCAUCCUAGAGGCUGUGGCCCAAGCUGGGUAGCAGCCUCUCCCUGGCCCCAAAGAACUGAGCAGCACAGGGUGGGUCUUAGUCAAAAGGCUGGGCCAGGGGCAUACAGAAAUAACUGGGCAGGACUGUCCCGUACCCCUCCCCCCACUGCACAAAGAGGGCAGGACACCCAGGCUCCAGCUUGGAGUCAGCUGGCCCCACCCUGCGACUGCCUUCAGGAGGCCGUGGGGUCACACCUCUCCUGGAGGUGGCCGGGUUACUUGCUCUCAGUCCCCAUUGUCAGAGAGCCAAAGGGCUUCCUCUCCAGGCUUAGGGACCCCUUCCUGCCAAAGACCCCCUCUUCCACGGGUCGUGGCUGCCCUCUGGCUGUGACUAUCUGUAGUCCUGGUCCAUCACCAAUGCCAACCCCACAUCCUAUUCUGAGGUGAGGCAGAUGGAAUGGUGGCCUUGAUGACCAGUUCAAUGACAAUACAGUGUAUGAGUCCCCCUGGGGAAACAUCGUCUUCAGUCCAUACUCUCCAGAGGUCCCCAUGGGCAGUACUCAGUACCGAAACAGAAGUUUCGGGUUUUUGUUUGGGACCUAUGUCACCGCUGCCUCCAGUGUCUGGCCUUCUGCUGACCUGUCCCCUCCUGUCUUCCUGGGGGACCAGAGCACAGCCUUCUGUCCCAGACAGGGUAGCAGAAGCGCCAAGGCUCCUCCAGCUAGGCACUGUGCUCGGUGUGGCACAUCUCGGAUGGCAGGCAGAGCAGCAGCUGGGCCUCAACUUCUGCCAAGUCUGGCUGACCACACUGACCUCAAGACGGGCUCUUCAAGCUGCCCGAGCUGGCACGGUCUGUGUGUUCCGGGUUUUCUGCCUGGCUGGGCUAUAUAGCUGCUGUCCCCAAGCUGGGACUGAAUCAGGGCGGUCGCUACCCUACCUACCCCUCUCCGGUGGGCAAUGAGCUGCUCAGGGACAUUAAGAGGGUAAAAACCCAGCCAUAGUUGGUUCAUCCCUUCACUAGGCAUCUCAUCCUGGGAUGCAUGAAGCUGGAGGGAUCUCAGAGCAUCUAGCAACUGAGCUUCCUAACGCAUCCCAUGGAGGUCCCGCCUCUUUCCCGUGGUGCAGGUCUGCUCAGGCUACUGGUACUGUUGGAACGGCCCUGGUCCCGGUAACCAGACAGUUUGGGAGGCGUGCUGACCCAGGUUUCACUAGGUUUAUUCAAGGUCAAGGUGCCAGAGUGGAGCCUUUUCCUCCUCACAGCCUCACGGUGGUGGGGUCCGUGGAAGAACGUUUCUUGCUUGGUUUUCCAUCUCCAGAGGGGGCGGUGAGGCAGGAUGGACCCUGCUGCAGUUCAGUGGGCCUUCAUUUUUCCCGGGGAGAAUUGUCUUUUACCUGCAUGGUUUCCAGCCAGGAAACUGCCUCGCAGGGUAGGUAGGUGGGUAAGUGCAGACGCAGGGUCUAGCUUCCAGGGACAGUUCCGGUGUGAAGAACCACAACCUCCCCCCCACCACCACCACACACACACACUUUGGGUCGGCUUGGUGGGGAGACUGCCAGUUGCCAAAAACAGCAGCUUCACAACGGGCCAGAGUCUGCCUUUCAGCUCUGGGUCCUGGUUUUCCAACCUCCAUUCACUCACGGAAGCAGGAAGGAUGGUCUCAGCGCACACACACACACACACACACACACACACACACACACACACACACACACACACACACGGCCCUGCUCGGCACUGAGCUGUGUGGGAGGGCCAAACGGCAGCCCAGAGAGAUCCUGCUGGGGCUGGCGUAGCCAUGAAACCAGCCAGGGAGCGACUCACCUGACCUGACUCAGGAAGAGCAGCCAGGGCUUGGGCCCCACGUGUCUCUGCUCUGAUGACGCCUCACAAGCCCUUCACCCCUCAGCAGCUUAGAAAGAUGGAGCCUGGAGGGACAUGCCAGGACCAACCCCACAGGCAGCUCAGGAACUCCAGCCCAGCAGCUGCCGGGCUGUGCCAAACAGGCCAAGAGCAGAAAGACAGAAAGUCCCGAAGCCCCGUGACUCUUCAGUCUGGCUCAGACAAUUUACUGUGACAGUACUUCAUGGCUGAGGUCAAGGGUGUUGGGGUCAAGGGCUGAUUUCCAAACACAGGCGAGGCUUCUCCCUCUGGGGCAAUACUCUCCCAGGUACCAUACUUCUCAUUAGGGCUGAAUGGAGGCCACUGCACACAUCAGGGACCUAUAACCAUGGGCUGGAAGCAGAGGUUGGUUCUCAUGCUUCACAUGGUCCCUAAAGUGCCGUCUCCUUCACUCUGGAGGCUGCUGAAUGCUGAAUGGUAUAAAGGGUGAAGAAACCCCUGGCUCAAAUGGCUCCCUGUAGCCUGCCCCGAGUGGGCCUGUCCUGACCCUACGCAGGGUCUGGCUCAGUGGGGGGCCAGGUGGUGCCCAAGACCGACUUGAGCACCCUGUCCAAAGUGAGUACUGCCCUCAGAGGGCUGGCUGGUGCGGGUCCACUGUUCCUCGUGGCCUCUGGCAGAUCAGGAACUGUGAGGAAACUGCUGGAAAUCAGGACGUGGAUUAACCUUCUCCAGCACCCUGUGAGAGACCAGAGAGAUGAUUCAGAAUUGGCAUGGGGAGCCCCCAAGCCCAGUCUGGAGAGGUGACGUGGGACUGACAUGGGUGGGCAGUUCCAGGUGCCUCCCUCCCCAAGCCAACAGGCAUAGGACAAUGUCCACAGGCAGAGGGCUCUGGAGAAGAACUCUCUAAGACCUCAGUGGGUCCAGCCUAGCCUGGGGCUCAGCCACAAGCAGCCAAGUAAGUUCUCUGCCCGUUAGCACAGUUUGGCCACUGUCGUCCUAUCUGCAACGUGAGGAUGGGGCAGGCUGAGGGGGCCUGAUAGAGAGGCCUGGUCAAGCAGCAGUGUUAGCCUGACCCCUCGCCACAUGUCCCUCUACUGCUCUGGAGAUGGCUCCUAAGAGACCAGGCAGCCACCUGCCUGGGGUAGGGUUAGCCCUGGAUGGCGUAUCUAAAGGCCAAGGGUUCCAGGAGCAAAGCUGCCAUUUUGAGUUCGGAGCAGGAGCAAGAGGAAACCUCUAGGAAAGUAAGACACCGUGAUGAGCAGGCAAGGCCAGGGCCCUCGAUUACCCGAUCAGAAUGGCCGGGAUGAAGAGGAGGCCAGCUCCCAGGAGGAAGGGGAAGCCCUUCAUGAAGUUCAGAGUGGCUGGGUAGAGCAAGUUGAAGAUGCCGGAGGCCGUCAGCAUGGCCAAGCUAUUCACACAGGCCACAGCAGAAAAGAGAGCACCUGGGAGGGAUCAAGACCACACUUCAGAGUUGGAAAAACCCAGGGUCAAACGAGGGCAGUACCCCCACUCCCCCCACAGCUGGAUGACCUGGGGCGAGACAACUGGCCACCUUUUCCUGUGCCUCCUACUCUGUGCUGUGGUAAAGACUCAAUGAAGUUAUACAUGGGAAGCGCCAGGCAGACGGGCUAUUAGAUACACAGCUGGUGAUUGUUAUUAAAUUCACAGAAAAGCCUGCGAGGUACCUUUUACGUAAAACAUUAUCGUGCAUGCGUGUUUGGCCUGCAUGUAUGACUCUGCACCACGUGCAUGCCUGGUGCCCUUGGGAACUAGAAGAGGGUGUCAGACUCUCUGGAAAUGGAGUUACAGAUGGCUGUGAGUCAUCACGUGGGUGCUGGCAACGGAACCCUGGUCCUCUGGAAGAGCAGCCAGUGCUAUUAAACGCUGAGCCAUCUCUCCAGCUCCAGCUUGGUUUGUUUUAAGAAAUAGUCUCACUAUGCGGCUUAGGUUGCCCUUAAACUUGCAAUCUUCCUGCCUCAGCCUCAAGUGCUAGGAUUUUGAGGAUGUACCACCAUGAUGACUUCUUUUAAGAAUGUAUUUUUUAUCAUAUUCA